CCCUAUGGAGUGUAUCUGCUGCCACCGAUUGAAACAAAGGGUCUAACGGAAGAUCAGGCGGGUGAAUUGAUGGAUAAAACGUACGCUGCCAUGAAGUCGCUUUUCGACCUAACUGCUGCCGCCUCUCCCGAAGAACUCGGCUCCGAUCUGAGGAAGAAGCUGUAG